AAGCAUGUUGGCCCAACGCGAAAGGUGAUCGGGUUGUGGACAGGGGUACCGAUUUCUUCCAUAUGGGACGGCGUGACCAAUGCUGUGCCGAUGCAGCUUGGUAGCUGGUUUCCUAUGCUGUGCGCGAUCCACGUUUGCACUGUUUGUUGAUCCGUACUUGCCGAACGCGAGGAUAGCAGCUGCAGAUGGAGACGACCGUCAGGAGGGAAUCCAAUCCAGCGGAGACGCCCUUUAUCGGCGGCGGGUGUCCCGGAGAACGCGACGAAGUUCAGCGGCGACUUCGCCGAGGCCUGGGACGAGGCGCGCGCGGAGCGCGGGGCGCAGCCGGCGGAGGAGGAGGCGGAGGCCGCCACCCGGCAGGGGGAGGGAAACCGCACCGUCAACGUGGUGAUCAGUGUGAGGAGCGGUGACGAGCUGCCGCGGUGGAGCCGGAGCAUCAUGGCCGGCGAGUGGGGCGAGCACGUGUCGCUCUCCGUGUACGUGAAAACGGCGGGCCUCGGGCCUGACGAGGAGCGGGUGCUGGAGAGCAGAGGUCGUUUCGAGAUGAUCGCCAUCCCCAAGUUCGGGCGAAGCGAACAUGCUUACGUGUGGCAUAUCGCGCGCAAAGCACCAUCCUUCGCAAGCGUCGAGAUUUUCACGAAGACCAAUGACAUGGAUAGUAAGGAGCAUCCGAUUGAUGAAAGACAGGUCAGAUAUAUGGUCGACGUAGCACUGGACGGCACUCCUUAUGAAAUGGUGUCGUACCCAUGGGGGCUCGACAGACGGUACCUGCAGGUGCGGUGCGACAAAGCAUGGAGCAACCAUUCUCUCUACCACGAGUUUUGUGAGGGAGGUCGCGAUUGCGUCAAAAGGAAGGGGAUCUCUUGUCAAGGCUCCAUCUUCACACAGAGGUACAAGAAUGGCUCAGUUGGUUUGAGCAUGGUUAGAAAUGCAGUCACGGCAGAAAAAGGCCCAGCUGAUCUCGCAUGGGCGUUGCGUCAAUUGCCACAGCCACUCCCUCUCAUUCAUGAGACAUACGGUGAAGGCAUGUUUUCUGUGCGGCGGAACGUUCUGGGCCAGUUUUCCGCGAGCUGGUACCGCGAGUGGAAGAACAUCAUGUAUGGUGACACUGCCCCCUGGGGCUACCACCACGACUCUGCCAUGUUAGUCUUGCCUCUGUUGUUCGGCCGGGCGUCCACUACUAGUAAGCAGUUUCCUGCGUGGUUCGUGUCUCCGAGCACCAUGGACCUGUUCGAUACGGUCGACGGUAUGCGGAAAGCCAACCCGCGAUACACCAUUCGCCGUGAUAGGUAGGGUUGUUCAAAAAGGGGCUGUUCGUCAAGGAAUCGAACGUCUGACUUCUCGCCUUCGGCAGAAAACAUCCUACGUAAAGUGGGUGAAGCUAGCAGAAGUAACGUGAGGUUUUCUGAGAGAUUGCGAGAGAGAGGGAUCAACGCAUGCGUACGCACGUCAUCCAGACUCGGCCACGGCGAUUUUACAGCAAUUUUUUGUGUUCCGUUCUGUGCUCCAAUGGUGGCCAACGGCCAUCUGACCACCAGUCGAUCACGGUGACACGGUGAGUCUCGUCAUCCUUCUAUUCUCAUUGC